AUGGCGCAGCAAGGUUACGAAGAGGAUCUCUUGCGACAGUGGUUCCCGGUUCCCACCAAAGACUCAGGCAACCCUUUCACUGAGAACGAUAUCCGUGUGAUUGCGGAUGCCUUGAAGCGCAGCUCGCGGGAGAGAUGGAGCCGCAUUCCAAGGAUCUAUAGUGUCCUCAAAAGAAUCGGACAGUUACACGCAGUUGAUGCAUUCGUUGACGAUGGUACCACAGAUGCAGCCUUCACGUUCUCCAAAAACACCAUGCCCGAAGCGUUACAAGAUCACUCCGCACGACUCCAAUUCCUCGACCUACGACACCGCGCUACUGCGCGCCUGAGGUGA